CUGCUUUCUUACUUUGACACGGACGGGGCUCUCACCCUCUAUGGCGUCCCGUUCCAGGGAACUCCGUUAUGCUUGCCUCGCCACUUGCCACGCUGCUUGUUCGCUGCUUUCCCGCUUUAAUACGGAUCGUCCCUCGUUAUUUAUAUUCAUUCAGGGGUAUCGCUCCUUUCCAUAGAGGUACCACCCUCAUUCUCAGGAAUACGCACUCCCUCCAGGGGCAUUACCCCCUAUUCGGUUAUUUAUACAGAAGCAUAGCCUUCUAUAUCGCAAACGCUCACAUAGGUAUAUGCUUAGUGAGCGCUGCAUCCCCUGUGGAAGCAAGUCUGUCUAUACCGCACUCGGUUACAGCGGAGAAACCUUCCGUAACCUUGGCUAGUGGCACUAUUUAUUUCCGCCUAUUGGCGAACACACAGCGACUUAGAGGGCUGUCACGCUGGUCGUGCAAUUGUACAGAGGCUUUAGUCACUAUUAGUUAAGAGAUUCAGAGGAAAGUCCCUCGAUCACGUACACUAAUAGCGCCUUCUUCCUCUAUCACAAUGCCCUCCCAGCAGUCGAACCAACUAAGUAACCGCUAGCCAACGCUCCACAGCGUUAACUCUAUACUAUAGUAGUUACAGCAGCACACACAAAGACUACUAUAUGGGGCUGUCACCCUCUAUGGCGCCCCAUUCCAGGGGACUUAGCUGAUCUAAUGUGCGCUGCCUUACUGCCACAUAGUUCGCUACAGGGCUUGCCAGUCCCUGAUUCCCGUUGACUCAGAAGGUCUUAAUUAAACAUAGGCCAUUCAAUUACUCUGCGCAGCUAGUCACAAAGCUAUAUGGGACAACAACAUUGGAUUAGACGAACAUUCAGGGGCUUGAGCCACUGGCUCG